UCAGUGAUGCGGCAGAGAAACCAAAAUUGGCUGUCGUCGGCUCCCCCUACUGGAUGGCUCCGGAGGUGCUCAGAGGAGAACGCUACAAUGAAAAGGUGGAUGUAUUUGCCUAUGGAAUUAUCCUCUGUGAGAUUAUUGGCCGGAUACAGGCAGAUCCUGACUUUCUUCCACGAACUGAGGACUUUGGUCUUGAUGUGGAGGCCUUUCGGCAGAUGGUUGGAGACUGUCCACCUCAUUUCUUCAAAGUCACAUUCAUCUGCUGCAGUAUGAUCCCAGACAGUCGGCCCUCAUUCACAGAGGUGGUAGCAGAGCUGGAGAAGAUAGUGAGUGAUCGAGAGAAGAGUGAAUGUAUGGAGCCUGAUGUACAGGACCGGUCAUCCUCAAACACAACACCUUUAAGUCGAAAACAUUCUCUAAACAUUCCCGCUGACCCACGUCUCUGUCGCAGUAAGUCCGAUGUGCUCCUCCCUCUGUCUCCUUUCCUGACUGGGACCACACCGAUGCGCGUCAACCCCUUCUCCCAGCGCCAAGACCUCAACGGCGGCCGCAUCAAGCUCUUUGACACCCCCAGCAAGUCUGUCAUUUCCCUCACCUUUGCUCUCCCUCCACCCCCUGACCCCAGCAGCCCUGUCUCCUGUGACAAAGGCCCUCUCCAUUUCCACAGACGCAGCCAAUCACUGCCCUGCAAGCCAGAAGACAUCCAGUCUCUACGUGGUACUGCUGACAAUGAGAAAUGUGAAAAUAAUCAAAGUGUUAUGGACACGGAUGUAAAUCCAGUCAAUGGAAAUUUAUUGGACAUGGGAAGGGACAGUGUGUUGGCUAAGAGCAACGAGAGUAUUGCUGAUCUCUCUAAUAUUAGUGAGGUUUUUAAUACACCCGGUGACAGCAUUAGGCGUUCAGACCCUAAGCAGGACGACAAGGAGAAUAAUCUUGAAAUGAACAGUCAAGAAGCUGUAGCUGAUGACUCUGGUCUUCCAUUAAAUCUAGAGUUGAUGUCUCCAACCCGAUUAGAUGAAAGCAUUGAGGAUCCCAUGGACUGCACCAACUCUCCUGAUACACUAGAUAGCGCUGUCGCUACUUCAAUCAAAACUUUCUCCAAUGGCUGGAGCUCCCCGGUCUCCAACGAGCCGCCCUCAUUACAUCCUUUACUAGACAUGGACAACAACAACGGCACCAUCCCUAUAAAUCAAUCUCUGGGAUGGGGGGUUAUUAACUCCAAUGGUGCCACAACCCCUUUUAUGCCUCCGGAACAGGAGGAGGUCAUAGCCUGUCCGGGUUGCUGCCUCGCAGGGAUGAGUUUUCCCUCCAUUUGCACACGUGGACCUCGACAAACCCCUUAUAAGAACUUGAAUGGCGAUGCGGCCGCGAAAAGGCUUCUGUGCAAAGCUUUGCCACCCUCGCCUACAGAGCCAAACAUUGCUCUGCCUAGCACACAGACAUAAAAGAUGCAUGCUGUAUAGGUGAAGCGCUACCUUUAAAGUGGAUGCUACUGCUUAAUGCACUCAAACUAAAAUCAAGCUGAAAUAUGUCAUUCUGGAGAGAAAGAAAACGCUAUGUAUUACUGUUUAGACUAAGUGGAUCAUUUAGUAUUCUGAUCUCAUGUCCUAGUCCUCUAAACUUGAACACUCCCAUAGGUUUUAAUGCCUUUCCAAAGACAUGUGUUGUCAAUAUUUUUGUUAUUUUUACAGUUAUUUGAACAUUUAUGAAAAUACUUUGAGAAUGGGAAAAAAAUAAUAUAUUAUUU